GAAGGUGUGAGGCUCACUACCAGUGUUGCACAAAAUACCGUCACUGAAGGAGACACUGUUACAUUCAAGUGCAUAGUUAUGGCUGCUGUGCCAAAAGUAUCAAUUUACAAGUUCUAUUUCAAUGGCAGCCUCCUAAGCGAGAACAGCAACAGCGAGUAUACUCUCAAUAACGUCAAUCGAUCUCAGCACUAUGGCGAAUACAAAUGUGUCCCACAUAAUGACGUUGGAGAUGGAGCAAAAGCCACCUUGAGACUUCACAUAAAGGGUGAGUAGAAACAUCUUUAGGCAUUUUUAAGUACUUUGGAUAUAUAAUCCAAAACGGGAAAAAUGUUUUGUACCAGUUUACAUUGCGCCAAUAAAACUUCCCACACAGUGAAUCAUUACAACUCCAAACAGGGAGGAAUAGAGACCCUGGUGAUGAGGUUGACGUUUUGUGCCUGGCGAUCAACACAUGUGCUAGUUAGCAGUAUUUUCAAGCAGAUGAAGACAUUUGUUGAUGUUCCUGGUGUUUUGAACAGAUUUUCGAGGAUGGGGAAUGUUUUCUUCAGAUGUAGUGUAUGAUGUCAGUUUCAGUUGAACUGAUAUUUUAUCGAAAUGAAUUAAAAUGUUGGUUUGCGAAAAUGAGCCAAAAUUAAAAAAAAAACGACAAUGAACAACCUCGAGUUAAGAUACCACCAGUCAAUUAUAUGCUGGCUUCAAUCCUAAUAAGCCUGGGAAACUGCAAGUGGUGUUUGACUGCACAGCCCGUUACAAAGGGACAUCGCUCAAUGACCAACCACUAAGUGGUCUCGACUUGAUUAACAGCCUGCUUGGUGUCCUCUUAAGAUUUCGUCAGGAACCAGUAUCUCUCUCCUCAGACAUUGAAACCACGUUCCAUCAAGUUAUGGUUGAUCCAAACGGUAUUGAUACCUUAAGGUUCAUUUGGUGGCCUGAAUAUGACUUAUCUAAGGAGCAUGUUGAGUACACCUUUUUGGUAGCAUGUCUUUACCAAGUUGGGACAAUUUUGGUCUUCGAAAGACGGCCCAAGACAAUGCAGGAGACUAACAAUAAAGUGAUCGACACAGUAUUGAAGAACUUUCAUGUGGAUGACUGUUUGAAAUCGGUGUAAUCAAAUGAAGUCGCCAGUAAAUUGACCGCUAAAUAAACGAAUUACGACAUGCAGAGGCUCAAAUCAUCACGUACGUGCAAAAAUUAGCUUUCUCGCCUUCCUAAACUUGAGCCCAGGAGAAUCCGAGAAGCGUAAAUUGAAGAUUAUCGGCUCAUUUGGUUUAGAGUACAAAUUGAAACCAUAUCUGGAUGGAGUGGGAAUGUUGAGAGUUGGUGAUCGGCUUGAAAAUUCUCCACUGGAUUAGCAAUUGAAACAUGAAUUACUGUUACCCUUAAAGCACCAUGUUACCAAGCUGCUCAUUAUGGAUUUUAUGAGUCUGGGGGUCAUUUAGGCCAAGAAUAUGUCCUGACCAGUUUGAGACAAAAGUACUGGAUCUUCAAGGAACGGGCUGCUGUUUGAAGAGUUCUUGGUAACUGUUUGACAUGCCGAAGUUAAAAUGCUGCCAAGGGCCAAAAAUUAAUGUUAGAUUUACCUGGCAACAGGCUUAUUCCAGAUAAACCCCCGUUUUCUAACCUUGGCAUGAUUUCUUUUGUCCACUGUACGUGGAGCAAGACAGUUGAAAAUUAUGAUGUCUUUUCUCCUGCUUGAUUAUUCGAGCAACCCAUAUGAAAGUGACCGAGUCUUUCGAAACAGAUUCGUUUAUUAGCGGUCUUUGCAUAUUUACCAGAAAAAGAGAGACGCCAAAGAUGAUAAGGAGUGACAAUGGUAUGAACUCAAGUGGCCGAGAGAGAGAAAUUCGUGAAGCCUCAAACAACUGGAAUAAGCAGAAGAUAGAAGUUUUCCUACACCAGAAGAAUAUCAAGUGGAAGUUUAAUUUCUCUGGUGCAUCACACGUGGGAGGAGUCUGAGAACGCAUGAUUCGUUAAGUGAGAAAGAUCUUAAGAGUCCUUCUUAGGCAAGGGUUGGUUCUGGAAAGGCGCUGCGAACGUUGAUGGCAGCAGUUGAGGAAAUUCUCAAUGGUCGACCAUUGACUCCCAACAGUGGCAGUCCUGUUGAUUCAGAAUCUUUGACUUCUAACCAUCUGUUACUUUGAUCGCAUUUAAAUUAGCCACCAGGAGUCUUCGCUAAGAAUAAUUUGUACUGCUAACGUCGCUGGAAGCAGGUUCAAUACCUUGCAAGAACGGCAGAAAUGGAUCAGACCACAUGAUACUUUUUCCUGAUGAAAGAGUUCACCCUAAUCAAUGGCCUUUGGGUCGCGUUCUCGAAAUUCACCUCGGAAGGGAUGGAUUUAUCUGAUCUGUCGAGGUUGCGACAAAGUCCUCUUCAUUCAUGAGGCCAAUCUCAAAGCUUUGUUUCCUCGAACAAGAGAUCCUACUCCUGAAGAAGGACUCUACUUCAUCUACCUGACUAUCGCGUUGUUUAUUGAAAGUGAAAAAAGCCUUUAAAUCUGUGCACCAGAUGUGCGUGAACUUUGAACACUAGCGGACUAACCUAAGGGACUCUUACGUUAUUAUUUGAAUUGUAGUCACUCAAUACUUAAAGUAAACUUAAGGGGUUAGAAUGUAGCAACUUGAAUUUGCAUUUCUGUCUAUUGUCAAGUAACUGCGAAAAGAUCUUAUAUUGUUUUUCAUUCAAGUGAUCUAGUGAUUCAAGUGAGCUACUAUUGUGAUGUUCUGUUUCGAUUCAAUUAAGCUCGCGUUUUUGCAUGAAGUUGUGUAAGAAUUACGUAGUGCUGGUAGCGUUAUAUUUCUCGCUAGUAUAGGCUUUGUUUUGGUUACACAAUUCUCAUUACUAGUUGAUUUCAGAUAAGUCAGUCGUUUCGUUAGUUUUUGCUUACGCCGUGUUACUUUUGCUUAAGAGUUUUAAUACCAGACCUGGUUACGCCACAAAUUGUAAAUACGUUUCUAUUUUUUGUAGCUCUGUCGUUAGUCUUGUUGUCGUUAUGUAUGUACUUAGAUAUUUGUAUUAAUUAUUUAUUUUCAGUCGAAUCACAUGUACACAUCCUUACAUCUAAAUAUUCGUCUCGCGGGCAAACAGAUUAGCUAUGCAUUCAUUUUGUGGCGUUAAACGUAUGGUCUUUAGUUACAGUGAAUCUUUUAUAUCCUGAUAAACCUCGACUUUAAUCGACAAGGAUUUUGCGAAGGCCAUAACCCAUUACACUUCUUAAAUGAAUGAGCCCAAACUUUCUGGUAAUGUCAUUCUUUGUGCACAGCCCCUUGAUUCCACGACACAAUUUGCAAGAGAACACUGUGAUGGGUGCAAGGUAUCCAAAUAAUGUGAUGAUUGGUGUGAGAUACAAACCCUUAUGCGGCAAUCUGAUUGGUGCGAGGUACAUACCCUAAUGCAGCGAUCUGAAGUCAGUCGUUGGUCUCUGGCCUAAUUCGAUCAGUUAAGGUUUUCUGCACGCAAAGUUUAACACUGCGAACCUUGCGCUAGAAAACCUUGUCCAUUUUACUUGGAAAUGCGCUUUUUCUUGAUUUUAGAAGAAACCAUUAGGCUCUAUCUUAAAAUUAAAUAAAAUUAAUUAUCAACAUGCAUAAACUUAACAUAUUAACACUUGACACUUUAUCACUUGACAUUUUAUUUCAAACUUGGCCCCGUCCAUUGAUAUCUUUUUUUUUAUUGAGUUUAACACUGAAAGAUCAGUUUUGUUCUAAGAUUUUAUGGACCUGUCUGUAGUUCUCUAACAUUUUGGGUGCUUUUUAGUGGUAGUGUUGACAAUUAUAAUAAUCAUAAUAGUAUCAAUGAUAAUAAUAUUGAUGACAAUGUUAUGAGUAAUAAUAAAAGUUUAGGAAGUAUAGUCUAUCAUACCCUAAACCUCCGUGAAAAAAAUAUUUAAGCUAAGGUAUUAUUAUUAUCAUGUGGUUUGAGGUUGGUAUGAUGAUUGCAUAAAAUUUAAAAUUGCUUGUCGAUCAUUUUAAGUCGUAUUUUGUUUUUUCCCAGUUCAAACAGUUUCAAGUACAAUUGCCACUUCAUCCCAAACAACUCCCGCAGGUAAUUGUUUUUAUAGGCGUUUUUUUGCCACCAUGUAAAACUAUAUCAUCAUAAUAGCAUGUUCUUUGGUGUUACGAAAUGAGUUUGAGUAAAAGACCAAGAGUGAAUUAAGUCACUAAGGGUCUGGAACUUAGCGAAGGACUGUAGACUCACAAACAGUCAUAACACAGACUGCUAAAUCUAUAUAAAAAUUGAAAUACUUGUUUGUGAAGUUGUUACUAUUCCGUAAUUACCUUUCAUCAAAGACAAACUUAUACGAUUAUGUGAAUCUCGUCAGGUGUCAUGCACGACUCAAAAUAUCUUUAUGAGUAAAAGGCUGUACCUUCCACUAUGGAAGGAAGAAGAAUAAGCAUAAUUAUAAAUGUAUAAAUGUAUUAUUUUUAUUUCUCUUAAGACUCCUUCCAAUAUUUUGAGGCCUAUUAUGCUGGCCAUCUUCAAACACAAAUAACAUGAUUCAUGAGGCUCUGCAAAACUAUUUGCAAAACUAUUUUUCAAGUGGAGUGGGGGGGGGGGGAACGAACUAUAGUAUUCGUUCAAAAAAUAUAAUUCAAUCCCUCUGUGUGCCUACUUACACAUGUUACUAGCUUCUGUAUCAAAUAUCAAAACAUUGUGAAAAAGGCUAAUCGUAACAUGUUUAUGCUAUUGCGUGCAUUAAAACAUAAGUUUACUCUCGAGCUUAGUAGCGCACUCUGUCAGAACGAUCUCUGCUGGGAUUAUUGGACAAUGUUCAAGCUGAAUUGUUGCUAGAUAGAAACAACUUCUCAGCAGUUUUUGAGAAUCAAGGCUCUUCAUGUUUUUUGUAAAUGUAAAAGGACACGGCCUUCCUUUAGCUUCAGAAAGCACAGAAGUUUACCUGACAGCGACAAUACAGGGGAACUGUAGCAGACGUUCAGAAGUUGCUGCGAAAUUUCCAGAAAUGGUUAGAUAAUCUACUUGAUCCAUAUACCGGAGUUUACACAAUACUGUCAUAAGAUUUAUCAUUAUAAUCAAAAGGGAAUCUUAAUCAAUCUGCUCUUGAACGAAAUCUCAAUAUUUCUGUUAAAAAAAAUGACAUUCUGAACGAUCUUCAACUAUGAAACAAGUAUUCGAAUUUACAUUUUUUCUUCAAAUGUCCUUCUAGGCUUGUCAAAUUGCCUUUAAGUUUGGCUGCUCAUCCGCCAACACCGUGAACACCAGGUAAGGUGCAGUUUGUCUCGAUACUGAAACAACAAACGCUAACGCAAUCUGUGUUUUGGGGCGGGGAGGAGCUCUAUCUCAGUUUGGCGUAUUAUAGCGUUAAACUGGUGUCUCUGCUCUGAAAAAAUCUUCUUUAAUGCAAAAUAAUCUACAUUUGAAUGCACCUUACUCUUUUCGGCACGGUGUUCGAUUCGGCAUUUUACAUCUUUCUCCCCUUACCAAGGUGUGGCAGUGUUGUUCUCGACUUCAUGAUGAGGUUCAAUCGAAGUGUAGUCGUCAGCAAUGUUUUGACUGUCCUGUUGGAUGCUGCGAGGCAAAACAAAUUCGGAGGUUUUAAAGUCGAUCCAGAAUCAAUUAAACAAGUGUUUAUGCCCGCAGACGACUCGGAAAGCACAACGAAAGGUACAUUUUACCAAGAAAUAUUAUUGUUAAAUGUUUACACGUAUUCGUCCCGAAGAUGGACUUUUUCUAACUGUAUUCCGUAUCUGUUAAUUAAACAACUCAAUCCUGUGAGUCACAUAUUUCUAAGUUGUGUUUUUGUCUCUGUUGUUGUUUUAUUCAAUCGAACAGAAUUUUCUUUUAAAAAUUAUUAUAGAGAGAGUAGCACCUUGCUUUUCCUUAGUACCUAGCCAAUUAGAGUUAACGGUUUUCGUUUAUGAGCGCAAGCUAGGUAGUGAGAGCAGUGUACUGACCACGAUCACUGUAAAUGUUGUUUGAAUGUUACCUGAUCAAGCUUUGUAAAAUGAAUCAUUUUAGGUCCUGAGGAAUGUAACUGCCCAUCUAACAACGUCUCGUUAGCCAUAAAUGGGGUUCUUGCCUUCAUAAUCGUUCUUCUAAUUAUUUACAUAAUCUGGCUACAUAAGAAAGGUAGGUAAAAAAUUCAUAAUCUAUAAUAGAGGGUUUGGCUGCAAGAUUCUUUAUUAAGCAAAAGCAAAUCUUGACCCACAUCCACAUCAUUUGUCUUUUUUUUCCUUUCGUUCUUUUUCAGGCGCUGUUGGGAAACAGAGGUAAGAAUUUGGCACUUGGAUUGUGUCGAUGUAAUGUUCCAGAUAUGGUAUCAUCGUAUAACAAACUUCCACUUACAUUGAUUCUUUGCUCAAAAUAAAUAUUUUUAUGCUUUCUCAAUUGUAGGACUUAUGAAGAUGAAAGAGGUGUUUCCUACGUAAGUUACAGCUAAGACAUUGAGGUCAUGUUAGUGUGGCCAGUAAUUAUGUAAUCUCUAGAAGGAAAUAAACGCUUGCAACAAAUAGGAAGGAAAAAAGGUGUAGUUCUACCAAAAAGGCAUAAUGCAUUAAUGACAGGCACAAUAAAAUAUGGGAAGAAGUUUGACUCGAUAGGAUCUUUGUCCUGGGAUCAUGUCCUUUACCAAGCUGCUCCAUCGAUUUUCCUUCGGUUGUUCCUGGUUCAACUGCGUGGUUUCACUUCAUAGAUCGCAAACUGGUCUGCACCCGGUUGAUAUUUGUUUUGUAAAUAUUUUUUUUUUUCACGCCGUUUUGGUCGUCUCUUUAUCUUGAUGCCUUAUUUUCCAAGCGUUAGUCCAGGAGCUUAGUACAGCAAGAGUUUUUUUUUCGUGUGUACAUUUGUCAAACAAUUGCACUACCAAUCGACGAUCUUCAUGUUGCGGUUUGUAGCUUCAACGAAUAUGCUAUGAACCUCGAUCACUGCAUUGGACAUGAUAGUUUCAAUGGCAGAGAACAAAGUGUUAGUAAUAAUAAAUAUUAGUAAUAUUUAAGGACAAGAGAUUAUAAACUAUUAAUAAUCUCUUGCUAUGAAAUAAUAUAAACGCUUGUCUGAUGAAAACGGGUAAACUGAUUUUUAUGAAAAUGUAGGAAAUUUUAUUGGGAUUAAUAACAGAUUUGUAUAUGAAUACCUUAACGGUAUGUUGGUUUAAUAGAAUGAAACAGGAUUAGAAGAUAGCGAACCAAGUCUACCCGAUUCAGCAAAACUCACCCAGCCUCCUGCGGAAUACAUGGAUCUCAUAGAAGUCAACAAACAUGAUAGAAAAGCACAAAGUACCGCUUCAGGUGCUGAUUACGUGCCUCUUCAUCCGUUAACACGCUGCUGGGAAGUUCCAAGACACCACGUGACCAUAGAAAAAAUUAUUGGUAAAGGUGCUUUUGGUCAGGUUGCCAAGGGAACAGCAGUAGGACUUCAAGGGAGUCCUGAAGCGACCACAGUGGCUAUUAAGAUGCUUAAAAGUGAGUUCUUGAACUGUAAAUUGAAUGACAGUCUUGGCCUACAGUCAUAUACUGUUACCGGGUUACGUAACUUUUGGCUAUUUGUCAUUCGAUAACUUCUGUCGCUAUUCGACAUUUUGCAUAUUAUUUCCGUUAACCAAAUUUUACUCCUUGUUUUUAACGCUCCAGCAAACGCUACUGAAUCGGACAAGAGAGAUUUGAUGAAAGAACUUGACACAAUGAAGCAGCUGAAGCCACAUCCUUAUGUCAUUAAACUUCUGGGAUGCGUAACAGAAUCUGGUUAGCUUUGAUUAUGAGGUCCAAUUUUGCUGUACACAUUUUGCAUCUGAUUUACUCUGUAACGCUUUCUCGUCAUUGAUAAUUUGCUUCAAUGGAAGAUUCACUGCUUCACAAUCGCGCACAACAAACAACCAUCGCAUAUGGUAAUUUUAUCCUUUUUUAGCUAACAGCGACGCUCUUGGAUUUGCUGAUAGACGAAGACCAAAUAUUUGCCAUUGUACAAGCCAUUCUGUUGUAUGAGCAGAAUCAUUUUUUCUAAGGGAAUAUUUGGCCUGUAUCUUCUUAUGAGACCGUUACAAAGUUUUUCAGCUUUUCUUCGUAAAACUACAUCUUGUUUUCGUGCGAUUUCUUAAAAAGUAUUGAACCUGACUGUGUUAUUUAUUUAUUUUACUUAUUGCUAAUUUUUUUAGAGGAAGAAAUAUAUAAAUGAAACUGUUUAAUUUCUUCAGAACAGCUGCUGGUUUUGAUUGAAUAUGUGCCUUUUGGGGAUCUGCUGGGUUACCUGAGAAAGAGCCGUGGAUUAAAAGACACUUACUUCAAAGACCCGGAUAUCAAACCACAAACAAAUCUGACGUCACAGCAGCUGAUGAAGUUUGCUUGGCAAAUUGCUGAUGGAAUGAGUUAUUUGUCCUCAAAAUCUGUAAGUUAAUUACAAAGGCACCAAAGAAGAACAAUUUUAAAACCUUCUUGUAAGGUGUAUCGUCAUGUGAAGCUAUGUCUUGCAUAGAAUAAUAUGUCUUCACAAGAUCACGCCCGGGAUAUGCAAACGUAUUCUUACCGUCUCGUUGAGGCUGUUUCCGGGAACCCUACCAGUUUUGACGUCAUCACCAAAGUUAUAUUUCAGUGUGCGAAUGGCGAUAUUUGUGCAUCGCUGCAAGUGCACCUCAUCGAAAUUAAAUAUCUGGGUUUUUCUCGUGUAGGCAAAGGCAGAGAUGUGAAUGAAUAGGAUCUUUUAUUCAGCCUAAACUGAGUGUACAACGAAUAUCCAUUUUAGUGACAAGAAAGAAAAGGAAUUAAAACUUUAAAUUCAAAAAUUCGUCUUUGGUUGCUAAACUGCUACAUUACAGAAUCCUAUUUCGAAUAAAAUCUUAAGAUAAGCUUUCUAUGAAAUAAUUAGGUAUUGCAGAAAUGAAGUAGUUUGCUUCCCUUUGGAAGAUGGAGCAGUAACUAUAAUAAUUUUAAUUUUCUGCCAUCUGGAAGAAAGAGAAAUACACACGCCAUAUUAUGUCGCUGGAUAUUUCUAUUUUCCUAUCUGAAUCAUUUCAUUUCAGUUCUUUUUCUUCUGAAAUCGCUAAUUUUUGCUCUCGUAUCAAUGCUUUCUUAGAUCAUUCACCGAGACCUUGCAGCUCGUAAUGUGUUGGUUGGACAAAAGGAAACUUGUAAAGUGACAGACUUCGGAAUGGCCAGAGAUGUGCAGCAGGAAAAUAUUUAUGAACGAAAGACUAAGGUAAUCAAGAAAGAGGGGAGGUGGGGGCGGUACUAAAUAUCGUUCAGUUCAAUUAUCUUUCACAAUCAUUUUGUGAUAAAGCUGAUAUACUCCUGAUUUCGAUGACAAAAUCCUUGGAUGGGACCAUAAUGAAAACAGCCAUUUGUAUACGAGUAUAAUUUUAAAUAUCACUGUCUUUGACCGGUCGCUUCCUAUAAUUUUUUAGCUGUUUCAAAAAGUGAUAUUUGAAAUCUUUAGGGCCGUCUUCCAGUGAAGUGGACAGCUUAUGAGGCCUUGAUGUAUGGUAAAUAUACCACCAAAAGUGAUGUGUAAGUAUACCUGAUUAUUACCCGUAGCAAUUUUCCAACAAGUUUUACCAAUAGAAUAAGAGAGAUGGUAAGUUUUGGGCUCGGUAAUGAAAUAGAGAAAGAUGUUUUUCAUCCUCUCACGAGCGUUGGACAAUGAAAAUAUUCUUCACUCCCCAUGAGGAAUCGAACCUCAGACCAUCGGAUUCCGCGCUCCGAUGCUCAUACCACUGAGCCACAGAGACUCUACGACUCUACUCUCUUGCAUACUGCAAGGAUCAGCAAUGUCGAUAGAGUCAUGUUUGUAAAUAAAAAUAAGAGAGAGAAUCGGAGCGCGGAAUCCGAAAGUCUGAGGUUCAAUUCCUCGUGGGGACUCAAAAUUUUUCCUUCGUCCCACAAUCGUGACAACACGAAAAACAUCUUUCUCUAAGUUUUAUCAGUUUCAAUCAGGACAUGAAUUCUAUGCUUUGUCAAAGAAUACAUAUAUUUUAGUUGUCGUAUAAAAUGUUUAUGUCUUCAGUCACCCAAUAUAUAUUUGUUUGAUUUGUCUUUCUGCAGAUGGAGUUAUGGAGUUUUGCUGUACGAGAUUUUUACCAUAGGUAACAUCGAUGGAAAUUUAUAAGGCCCUGUAUAUGUUUUUUGCUAUAUACCAUGUUCAAUUAAGCAAUGUAAGGUGUUCACUUAGACAAACGUAAUGAGCUUCAAACCACAUCAAAUGACAUGGGUGGUGUUUCAGUGAAGGUCUUUUUUUCGUCACAUUUAUAUUUCGAUGGUCUUAUGGCUCUUCCAGGUGGUUCACCUUACCCACGAAUGGAUGGAAGAAAAAUUGCAAACUUACUUCAGGAAGGAUACAGGAUGCCUAAACCACAACACGUUGAUGAGGAAUUGUAAGUGUUUUUUCAAUUCGUUCUCUCUCAUCCUACAAGGAAACGUUCUUUAAAUCUCUAAUAGAUAAUUUGAACAAUACCAGGUAUCAGAUUAUGAUGAAAUGCUGGAAGAAUGACCCAGAUGCAAGACCAACUUUUACUGAAUUGAAAAAUCAGCUUAAGGACAUGGAAACCCUACACAAGGUGAGAAUUUUCUUCAACAUGAAAGUUUCUUUUCACGUUAGACCGACUAACUUAGGCUUAGCUAAUUAGGGUUUUAAACUUAAUAGCGUUUAGCUUAGAUAGCGUACUUUUUACGAAGUUGGGAUUGCAUCUUCUUGUUAUGUCACUGAAGCUAGCACUCCACGAAAAACAAGGAGGAAGCGAACUAGAAUGUCCUUGCGACAAUUGACUCAUUAUGGUUAUUUAAAAUAUGGUAGGAUUAUUGCAAAAUUGUAUUGAGACGCACAAAGAGCAGCAAACGACACCAUAAAAUACUUUCUUGAAUUUGUUUUGAUGUGAAAAGCUGACCACUUGGGAGGAUAAACGCUUAUAACGUAAGAGGAACACUUUUUUAAUGAUGCAUCAUAUGCCGAUUAUUGUAUUAUUCUUUUCUGCAGAAGCUGAUCAACAUGACAAUGUACGACGAGCAGUUGUAUGCAAACGUCGAGGAUUUAAUGGUGUAGUUAGAUAGAUUUCCGCGGUAUAUGACCGGCUAAUAGUUUGAACACUUUGCCACAACAAGUUUCAGGGCUGAAUCAUCUUGUCCUCACACGCUUAAUUGGUAGAAAAAGCCAUUUUGUGUUAAGCAAUUAGGCUGGAACGUUAUAACUCAAUUGAUUUUAUAUUCUUAAACGCUGUAACGCUUUUAUCAGUUUACCGAUAAAGUAUACUCUCAUUUUCUCUUUUACAUGUUUAGCACUUACACGCAUGCUCGACACAAGCGUUGGAGUUCAGUUUAUUUUCUGACUCAAUUCUGAAAGGCAGGACAGCGUGGAAAAUAAUCCAAUUAAUUAGAUUGAUGGGAUCUCGCUUUGAGUGCCAUAGUUGCCGCAAAAGCCGCUUGUUUUUAGGAAAGCUAUCGGGCGCAUAAAUUGCUUUCCCUAAGACCACACUUUCCUGCGAUACCAACUCGAAAUACUUUUACAUUGAAAGUAUUACUAAAAUUAACGGUAUUCUUAUAAAAAUUAUACUUGGCACAUUACUUAUGCAAUCGUCGAAACUUUGGGAUAUGAAUUCACUGAAAAUUUUAUCUAAAGUUUUUGAAGAUUUUUGCCAAGAGGGAAAAUGACUUUUUUCUAACAUUUCUGUGGGAAACAAAAUGUUAAACUUUGUGAAAUACAAGGUAUGGUAGGACUAAAAGAAACUAAAUUUUAAGAUUUGAAGUUUUUGGUAAAGCAGAAAUGGUUUUGUAAGGAAAAAUGAGUAAAUUUGUUAAAGAGGAACAUAUUACUUUUUUUACCAAAUCCGUCACUCUGUACGAUAUCACGAGUCCAGCUCUGAUACAAAGAUUUUGUCAUAGGUGAGCUUAGUUGUUGUCUGUAGUGAGAUUAAGUAAGUUUACUAAGGAUAAUUCUGUAUUACUCUUAGGAGUCGUUCCUUGGUAAGAAUAUUGCACGCUGUUUGAUAAGGUAGUUGAAUUGGUAGGGGUGUCAUGAGUGUUAUUUCUGUCGUUUAACUGCUGUGUUCACCGGUUAACUUUUGAUAUACUCUUGCAAAAUAUCCAAUCAUAACGAGAACCCUAAAGAGGGUCUUUAGCCACUUCUCUUGCACUUCGAUAGGGGUGUCACUUAACUUCGGAGACUUACGCAGGUAGUCUUGAGUCAGGACUGACUGACCAGGAUUAAUCAUAAGUCGCGUAGUUUGAUGUAAAUGUCCUUUUGUCAAUAGACGUUUUGAUCUAAAACAUUUGCUAUAGUUAUAGCGUAUAGGAAUAAAAUGAAACUCUGUACCAUGUGUAAGACUCGAGUACUCCUCGAUCUCUUUGGGAAUCUUAUCGAUGUUUAU